AUGAAUAAUGCUGGUGAGAGAGUGAGAAGAUGCUUCGGUUUGGCUUGGAGAACAGCAGCAAAAGUAGGCAAAGAGGAUCCAAGAAGGGUGGUCCACUCUUUGAAAGUGGGGCUGGCUUUGACACUGGUUUCUUUGCUGUAUCUGAUAAAGCCUUUGUUCGAAGGGAUUGGACAAAAUGCCAUGUCAGCUGUUCUCACUGUGGUUGUGGUCAUGGAGUUUACAGUAGGAGCCACAUUAGGCAAAGGUCUAAAUAGAGGGUUGGGGACUCUGCUAGCAGGAUCACUGGCAUUUCUUGUGGAGUAUGUUGCAGACAUCCCUGGUCGGAUUUUUCAAGCUGUUUUCAUUGGUUCUGCAGUUUUCAUUUUAGGAGCUGUGACUACUUAUGUGAGGUUCAUCCCCCAUAUCAAGAAGAAUUAUGACUAUGGUGUUAUGAUAUUUCUCUUGACUUUCAAUUUGAUAACUGUAUCAAGUUACCGUGUUGAUAAUGUUUGGGCAAUUGCAAAAGAUCGUAUUGCAACCAUUGCCAUUGGUGGUGGCCUGUGUCUUGUAAUGAGCCUAUUGAUUUUCCCAAACUGGUCAGGGCAAGAACUCCAUAACUCCACCAUUUCAAAGCUUGAAGGCCUCGCCAACUCUAUACAAGCUUGUGUGGUGAGAUACUUUAAUGAUUCUGAAACUCAAGAUGAUGAAUCUGAUGAUCUGAUUUACAAAGGUUACAAGGCUGUCUUAGAUUCCAAAUCUAAAGAUGAAACACUGAUCUUACAAGGAUGUGAAAUUAAACAGGCACUGCAAGCAAGUUGGGAGCCAAGAUGGUCAAGAUAUUGGCACAGAAUCCCAUGGCGGCAAUAUAAAACAGUGGGGAUUACUCUUCUCCAUUUUAGUUACACUGUUGUUGCACUACAUGGGUGUCUAUUGUCUGAAAUUCAGACCCCGGGAUCAAUUCGAGCCCUAUACAAAGACUCUUGCAUCAGACUUGCAGAAGAAGUGUCUAAAGCACUAAGGGAACUAGCUAAUAGCAUAAGGAAUAAGCGUCAAUUCUCCCCUCAAGCACUGUCUGACAAUAUCAAUGAAGCUCUACAACAUCUCAAUGAUGACUUGAAAUCCCAACCACAACUCUUCUUAGGCUCAAAGAAUUUUGGUGCAGCCACAAAUGCUGAAGAAGACACUAGAGUCUCAUUCUCAAGUGUUAAGAGUGAUUGUUCAUCCAUGUUUGAGUCUAAAUCCAAAGAACUUUCUUAUGCACUGCCUUUUGCUGCUUUCACUUCUAUGCUUGUGGAGAUGGUGGCAAAGUUGGAUCGUGUUAUAGAUGCAGUUGAUGACUUGGCCAAAUUGUCACACUUUGGAGAGUUCAGAGAUGAAGAUGAGAUUGAGUAG